ACCCCGGAGUUGCUGGUUCGUGUGGUGGUUGCUAUUUUCACCUAGAGCAAUGUCCAAACAUCAAACAUACAGACACGGAAAUGAUUACAAGACUGAGGAAAACGGGAAUAAAGGCCCUUCAAGAUGGUCCCAUUGUCGGAAACGUGGAGCAGAUGGGAGUUUGAGGUCACAUGAUGACGAAGAGGCUGGCAAAGACCGAAGAUCAAAGAGUUCACGCAGACCAGACAGUUUUACAACCCCAGAGAGUGACGGACCGGUGUCCAGAGUAAAGAACUGGGGCGAUGAGGUGGAGGCAGAGGAAAUGCGUUCAAAUGUCCGUUGCGACAUGCAUCGCUAUAGAAGAAGGAUUCUCGCGGCAGAUUUUCCUCAAAGAGAAAGAAAAACGUCAUCUGGAAGUUCAGACUCCAGAGACUCCCGAGAUUCAAAAGACUCUCUUACUAAAGGUGAAAUGGAGACAGAUGAGAACACACUCAUGAGAAGACAAAAACAGAUCAACUAUGGGAAAAACACUCUCUCUUAUGACAGAUACAUAAAAGAAGUGCCUAAGCAUCUGAGAAAUCCAGGUAUUCAUCCAAAGACUCCAAACAAGUUCAAGAAAUACAGCCGGCGCUCCUGGGACCAACAGAUUAAACUGUGGCGGGUCAGUCUUCACAAGUGGGACCCCCCUGCGGAAGGAGGUGACCUGCAGGAGAUUGAGGAGCUUGACCUUGGAGAAAUCAUGGAUUUUGAGUUUGAUGUGGAGUGUUCAGCGACUACAGAGACUGAAUCACAGAGUGCAGUGUCCAAUGGAGUGUCGCUGUCUUUGCCGGAGGACUCGUUCACAGGAACUCCUAAAAAGAUGAUGAAAUUGGAGGAUGCUGAAAUGUCGUGAGCACCAUCGAAACUCUGAUGCUCUAUGAGAGAACUCCGGAGCAACCAAACUGUUUUUAAUUCAUUUUUCAUUUUGAUUAUCAUUGUUCAAUUCUUUCAACCGUUUAUGGUGUUUUGUGAUCCCCACAAAAUGAAAAUCUGUUCAUUUACUCUCCCUCAUGCCAUCUUCUGCAGAACACAAAGAUUUUUAGAAGAAUAUCUCGGCUCUGUAGGUCCAUACAAUGCAAGUGAACUUUGAAAGGACUCCUAAAAGGACAUAAAAGUAAUCCACAUGACUCCAGUGGUUUAAUCCAUGUUUUCUGAAGUGAUCCAAUUGGUUUUCCGUGAGAGCAGGUCACAUUCUAACUAUUCUUUUACUGUACAUCUUUCCAUUGCAGUCUCUAGAAACGUUCACAAUUUCAAGCUCCAUUACACUUCCAAGUGCUUAACACAUGCACAGAGCGCUAGAUGGCACAAUAGGAAGUGUAAUCGAGCUUAGAAUCAUGAUCGCCAGGGAGACUGCUGAUGUCAAGGUUUAUAGUAAAGGAGUUACAUGUUGGUCUGUUCUCAUUCAAAAUCAAUUGGAUCGCUUAAGAAGACCGAUUAAACCACGAGUCAUGUACAUUGCUUUUUUGUUGCCUUUAUGUGGUUUUUGGAGCUUCAAAGUUUUGUUCAACAUUCACUGACAUUGUAUGGACCUGCAGAGCUGAGAUAUUCUUAUAAAAAUCUUCAUUUGUGUUCUACUGAAGAAAGUAAGUCAAACACAUCUGGGAUAGCAUGCAGUUGAGUAAAUCAUGAUCAUUUUCAUUUUUGGGUGAACUAUACUUUUAUAGAGGUUUUGUCAUCAUCACUGAAUUCAAUAUGUUCUUUACACCUACUCCUUUUUAGCCUUUUGCAAAAGAAAAUGUAUAUGUGUAUAUUUUGAAAUUGAUUAAUUUUGUAUGGUAGUAAAGUAUUUGAUGCUCAGUGGACAUUCUCUUGUAUUUAACAAUUAAAGUGAAAUCAGAGCGGGUUCGCUUCACAUUUCAAGUGUUAUUAGUUUGUGGUUUUAGGUGUUGUUUUUUUUUAGAUUUGCUUUUUGAGUGUUAUUCAUUUCUAUUUUAUUAAGAACCUUUUGCAAAUAAACAUUGAACUGGAAAGACCAAAUCAUUGUCAUUAAACUGGAAAGACCAAAUAAUUGUCAUAUCAGUGCCUCACGUUGUAAACAUGGAUUAUUUUUACAUUCAUUAUCGAUCCUGUAUAAUAUGUUUUUCUUUGUGUAAUGUUGGCAUCUUGUUCAUGGUAUAAGUGGAGUAAGGAAUAAGACAUUGUAUCACAAAAUAAUAAAUAAAAUG